AGGAAAGUGGCAUUUCACCAAGGGUCAAAAGAGGGCAGCUGUCUCAUAAAAACUCAAAAAACGUUUUAAAAAUUAAAAAGAUUUUAUCAUUUAAUAAACAAUAAAUAAAAUUGGGUUUUGUUGUUCCCAUGCCCACUAAAUGGCUGACGCAUUGCCGCAUCGGGUUCGCUGUGUCCGAGUUUGAAUACCAUACUCACUACUCUUUUACUUGUGCUUGUGCUUGGGUUGGGCUGCUCUUUUUCUUACUCUCUCCUUCACACCUCUCUCUUUCAACCUCUCAUGGCUUCGGAUUCUGCCAUUAUAGCCUGGGGCUCAGGAGAAGAUGGGCAAUUAGGAUUGGGGAGUAAUGAAGAUAAAGAAUGGGUUUCCGUUGUUAAAGCUCUCGAGUCUCAAAACGUUCGUUCUGUAGUUGCUGGUAGCCGAAAUUCCCUCGCCAUUUGCGAAGAUGGCAAGUUGUUUACAUGGGGAUGGAAUCAAAGAGGAACACUUGGACACCCUCCUGAAACUAAAACUGAAAAUAUUCCAAGCCAGGUUAAGGCUCUGGCUAAUGUCAAGAUUGUCGAGGCUGCUAUUGGUGGUUGGCAUUGUUUGGCUGUUGAUGAUCAAGGCCGGGCUUAUGCUUGGGGUGGAAAUGAGUAUGGCCAGUGUGGUGAAGAACCUGAGAGAAAGGAUGACACUGGUAGACCUCUAAGAAGGGAUAUAGUGAUUCCUCAGCGGUGUGCGCCGAAGCUUGUAGUCCGCCAGGUUGCUGCUGGAGGUACUCAUUCUGUGGUACUUACUCGGGAAGGGCAAGUAUGGACAUGGGGUCAGCCAUGGCCUCCUGGUGAUAUAAAACAGAUUUCUAUUCCUGUCCGAGUGCAAGGCCUUGAAGCUGUCAGAGUGAUUGCUGUUGGGGCAUUCCAUAAUUUGGCUCUCCAAGAGGAUGGUACUUUAUGGGCAUGGGGUAAUAAUGAAUAUGGGCAACUGGGAACUGGAGAUACCCAACCCAGAUCCCAACCAAUUCCUGUUCAAGGGCUUUCUGGUCUUACUCUGGUUGAUAUUGCUGCUGGUGGUUGGCAUUCUACGGCACUUACAGAUGAAGGAGAGGUAUAUGGUUGGGGACGAGGGGAACAUGGAAGACUUGGAUUUGGAGAUAAUGACAAAAGCAGUAAAAUGGUGCCCCAGAAAGUGAAUCUUUUGGCUGGGGAGGAUAUUGUUCAGGUAUCCUGCGGAGGCACUCACUCGGUUGCAUUAACCCGUGAUGGUCGCAUAUUUUCGUUUGGUCGGGGAGACCAUGGACGGCUUGGAUAUGGGAGGAAGGUGACGACCGGACAACCAAUGGAGGUUCCCAUAGACCUAUCUCCUCCUACAGAGAAUACUACAACUGAUGAUGAAGAAGGUGAGGAACGUUGGAUAGCUAAGCUUGUUGCUUGUGGAGGUCGCCAUACUCUGGCCAUUGUCCAAUGGCAGAUUCAUGAUGAAUCAAACCAGUGAUCAAAUCAAAUCAAACCCUUUUCUUUAGUGGAGAAUUUGUUCAAUUUAACUACUAAUAACCGCAGUAAAUGUUGGUCAAAUGGGUUUUAGAAGAAUAUACUAUAACUCUAGUGAACACUUCAGUAUGCAAUCAUAAUAAUAUUCUUGGGACUAUUUUUAAGCA